AUGCGGCUGCCCUCACGGCUGCAAGAACAGCUGCAAAUGCCAUUUACGUGCCCCCAGCUCAACAAGGUGCAGGAGAUCUACCCCAAGGCUACUUUUAGUCUAAAAUACAUGUUGUUGUGCAAGAUCAUGGUGAGCCAAGCAGAUGAUAUUGCUGGGAUUAUUUCGUCCAAAGCGGGCCUUCAAUAUGUUGGGCCUGACCUGGAUGCCAUGAAAGCGGUUGCAGAUGCUCAGUCCAAGCGAUCCCUGAAGUUAUUUGAGGUUAAGCCAUUCUCAAGGGUUGAGAUUGCACAUACAGCUGAACUUAUCGAACUUCCUAUUGAUCGAUCAUGUGGAGCAAAAGUUGCCUCAGAUGAUUUGGGCAAGAAAUUUGCUGGGACAUUGGAUCAAGGUGCUGGAUGCCUUAUCAUGUUUGAUGAUCCUAAGACUGAUGCAAUCUAUCCUACAACUUUAGAAACGAUUUCUAAAAUGGGGAAGGUCGCAGAUAGUCUCUAUGUUCGGUCUGCAAAAAUUAUGGCACGAGCCCUCACUUCGUUCCUCUAG